AUGAAUCGUCAGCCACCAUGUACACGUUCCUCAUCGAGGGGAAACUCAGCCGGCUCGUAUAGUAAAUGGGGGAAAUGGCACUGGGAUACCAGCCCAGUGCCACCGCCACGAACUGAAGAUCAUGAUCUCGCCCUCAUCUUGACCAACAAGCGAAGUCGAACUAAACCCACGCGGUUUCCGGAGCCUGAGAUCUAUGGUGGCGAAAGGAAUGACCCCCUCCACGACCAGGAAACACCUAAGAGCCGAAAAAGGCGGAAUUUGGCGGUAGAGAUCGAGCCACCCAUUCGCAAAAAGGCAGAUUUGGUCUGUGAAGCAGCCACCUUCACAUCAAAUCGAAAGGAUACCAAUGACAACACUGGUAGUUUAGUACCGGCUAUCGAAAGCAUUCCUUCAAAGGGCGAUGACGAGCCAUCAUGUGAAGUAAAGCUUCUCAAGCAUCAGAUUGGUCUCUUAGCCACGCGGCACAGCCACAUGUUAAAAAGUUUGGAAGACCAACUUUUAAUCUUGAAGGAUGAAAACUCAAAGCUUUACGGAUAUUUGGAAUGGUACCGUAAACAGGAAAACGCCAAAGCAAAUUACCCCGUUGGGGAUAUGGACAGCGUUAAAGAAUUGAACGCGGAGCUUGAGCGAAAAGACAGCGAAAUUGGGGAGAAGAUUAAACAGAAUGAGUGUCUCACAGAACAACUGAACUCGAUGGAGGGAUUAAACAGCAUCUUGAAAGACUUCAAAUCUGGCCACAUUAUGUCUACAAGAUUUUCGGAGGAGAUGAUUAAACUUGAAACGAAUACGUGCAGAGCUGCCCGCGUCCUUGUGCAAUGUUUGUCUGGCCCUAAUAUAGCGGGAUUAGGGAUGUCGACCAGAGGAAAGACGAAGCUUGACUCUCUAGUCGAAGGUACAUUUGGUACAAUGGAUCUACUCUCAACGUACCCCAAAUUGGCAAUGUGUGCCCUUAUUUCUCGAUUUCUUCGAGAUCAGGUGUUUCAUGCAGGCUGCUGGGAGGCUCUUGCUCGAGAGGGAUACAUGUUGAGGGGCUAUCAAGAGAUCAUUCAAAAAAGCUUUGCCCAGGGUACCAUUGAAGGCUUUCAUAGAGCUGCCAUUGAGGUGAUGUUGGAACGGAACCACCAGUUUCGCGAUUGCUGGGUUCAAUCCCAAGUGGAAAACGCCCAAUGCAAAUUUCUCAGUCUUUGCAAUUCAUUGCUCGAUGAGAGCAAAGUAAAAGAUGCAGAAAAGGACAUAAAAGAGGCUUUGAACCGUCUUCUGACAGACGCAUUCUAUUUCCGCGCCCGUUGCAUACCCCCUAAUGGCAGUCACUACGAAAUGGUACACUUCGAGCCAGGAGAUGUAUUCGAUUCAAAUUUUAUGGAGGCACGGGGAGUAGAUGGCACCCCUGUUUCCGUUUCUGACGGGAAAAUCCAUCUGAUCAGGCUUUGUGUUCAUGGGUGUCUAGUUACUCAUGCAAUUGAGGUGAAUUCGAUUGGCGCUGGCUCUCUCAACAUGCUCGGCCAAGCCUUUAUCUCCACUAUGGAUGAAGGUAUUAGUACUACAGGAGGGGGAAUUUUGAAAAGUGAAAAAGCCAUUAUAUUAUUAGGUGAUGAUCUCGAGCACAAGCUGUGA